AUGACCACCAUCCGCCAUGCAGUCAGCCUUUUUGCCCUACUCCUCACUAAUUGCGAACCCAUCCGAGCUUCUGACUGCACCCAGUCCCCAGAUAACUUCCUCCAUCCACCAUCCCAAGAGCGCCCAAAGUUCAGAUACUGGCUUCCAGAUGCUAGUGUAGACGCGGGGACUGUAGAAGCGGACAUAAAGGCAGCGGGUGACAUUGGGGCUGGGGGCGUAGAGUUCUUGCCGUUCUACAACUAUGGAGGAGAUCUUGGGCCAGCUCCAACCGGGGUAAACUGGUCUACUUACGGCUUUGGUACUCCUGCUCAUCUUAAUCUCUUCACAUCAGCUUUGAAGGCCCAUGAACAGGCGGGAUUGACCAUGGACUUUUCACUUGGACCGAAUCAGGGACAAGGCAUUCCGGCUCACCCUGAUGAUGAGGGAUUGCAGUGGGACUUGGUUUCCUUCAGCCAAGCUGUCUCCAAUCGCAGCUUUCUCAACGAAACAAUUCCCGGCUGGGGGGAUGGUGAGCUAGUUGCUGUCGUGUCCGCUGUCGUAGUGUCUCGAGCGAACAUUUCUUACAACAUCGUUGGGAUUACCGGCUCGACGACUGUAUCUUACCAGGAUCUCGUUUUGGAAAAUGGAUCUCUCACAGACAUUACCUCAAGUGUCUCAGGCGAUGGCAUACUAUCCUGGAAGCCCGCUAAAUCCUUGCCCAGUGGAUCUGACCACGAGCUGUUCUUUUUCUACGAAAAGCUGUCUCUUAACCAAAACGUUCACUUCCCAUCAAAUACGACGAAACAAAUUUGGGACAAUGGGUCGUAUAUCGUGGACCACUUCAGCGCCCAAGGAGCUCGGACAGUGCAGGCCUUCUGGGAGCAAUAUCUGCUUACUGACGAGCUGAAAGGACUUUUGAGAGACGUUGGAAAUUAUGGAUGGGAGGAUAGCAUCGAAAUUCCUUCGAAUGUUUCAUGGACCCGCUCGCUUCCAACACGGUUCCAAGAAAUGUUCGCAUACGACUUGAAACCAUACCUGCCUCUCAUCAUGUUCAGCAACAACAACAUCAAUCUCCAAAGCACCUCCCCAGGAACUACGCGCUGCACUUUGGACCGACCGGAUCAGGGAAAGGGUUAUGUCAACGACUAUCGUGAGACUUUGGCAGCAGGAUACCAAGAGUACCUCGCCACACUUUCACAGUGGCUUCAGAGUCUGGAAGUCAAAGGACUAUCAUCCCAGCCAUCUUACAACCUACCCAUGGAUAUGGAGGCUUCGAUCCCGUUUGUUGACGCUCCCGAGUGUGAAAGUCUUCAAGGGCACGACAACAUCGAUGGGUAUCGGCAAUUCUCUGGUCCAGCAAAUCUCGCGCGGAAAAAGAUCGUCUCCAUCGAACUUGGCGCGGUUUUUGGGAAGGCAUACAGCUACACCAUUCCAGAGCUGCUCUUUGCCGCGAAUCGCGCCGUUGCAGGUGGUGUGAACCAAUUCGUUAUUCACGGGCAGUCAUACACCGGCAACUAUCCCCAAACAACGUGGCCGGGGUACACGGCAUUCAUCUUCUACGUCUCAGACCUAUAUUCGCCCAAAAGACCAGACUGGAAUCACGGCCUUCAGGCAGCCUUGAGUUACAUGUCGAGGUUGCAGCACACCCAGCAACAGGGUGUUCCACGUGCCGAUAUCGCAUUCUAUAACAAACAAUCUGCUACUGAUCCAAACUUUGGAACGGUGUACGCGCCGACAGAUUUGAUUGAUGAAGGUUGGUCUUACACUUACUUGUCACCGGACAACUUUGACAUGCCCAAUGCGUAUGUUGAACACGGUAUGCUUGCGCCCCAAGAUGCAGCAUAUCAAGCCAUGGUUAUCCUCGGAUCCCAGAAUUUGACGCAACUCUCAAUUACGAAGCUGGAGAGCUUCGUGAAAGUUGGGUUGCCUAUCAUCGUGGCCGGCUCAGUGCCGGGGCUGUACCCUUCAGGGAUGCAAAUCAAUACUGGCCAUACUCCUGCAAACAAUGAGUUUCUGAAUAACACGAACGUACAUCACGUUGCAGAGGGUGAGAUAUCCCAGAAGCUGAACGAACUGAGUCUCAAGCCACGAGUCGGGGUGAGAACCAACGGCACGUGGUAUUCCACAUGGAGGGAAGACAAAGAAAGUGGCAUCGCCUACGCCUACAUAUUUGGUGACUUGGUCGCAGCAACCGGAGAAGUGGUGGUUCAAUCAAAAGGUAUUCCCUAUUUCUUCGAUCUCUGGACGGGAGCCCGCCAAGCGGUUCUCAAUUACCGGACCAACGGAUCUUCGACAAUCAUCCCACUCGAACUCGCAGGAAAUCAGACAAUGGUGAUUGCGUUCGCCGACAAAGCAAUCCGUGGCACUAUAACUCCAGCCAUUCAUGCUACUCAAGUUUCAUCGAACAUCGUUGGCUACGGCCCCGUCGGUGAUGGCAUUGGAUUACACGUCGUUGCGUCUUCAGAUCCAGCAUUCGUCACAUCGUCGACCGGCAACAAAAUCACUCAUUUCAGCCAAGCCCCUGACUCCUUCGAGUUGGGGCCGUGGACUCUGGUUCUUGAGCAUUGGGAAGCUCCAGAAAAUUUCAGCGAUGCAACCAUCACAGCUGUCAAGAGCAACACGACUCACCAACUCAGCAAGCUUGUCUCAUGGUCGGAUCUUCCAUAUGCAACGAACACGUCUGGGGUUGGCUACUACUCCACAAACUUCACCUGGCCGCCGGAAUCGACUACUAGCAGUGCUCACAACACGUCCCUUGGUGCCUACAUGAAGUUCCCGCCUGUGUUGAACGCGAUAACGGUCUAUGUCAAUGGCGCCAGACUGCCUCCGCUGGACUCAACCAAUCCUACUGCUGACGCCACGUCGUACCUGGUGAAAGGAAACAACCACGUUGUCGCCGUUGUGCCGGGUACGAUGUGGAACUACCUUCGCAGUAUUUUGCCCGAGAUCAGGAGCUCUGGGAGAGAGUUUUCAUCCAUGGUAACUCUCCCCAAGACCGACAAUGGACUGAUUGGUGUUGUAGCGGUCGUGCCUUUUGAGAUCGUCCCUUUGAAAGCUUAG